AUGGCAAAUCUUCGUAGAUGCCAACAGCAGCAGCUGCAGAAGAAAUCAGUACGAAUUCGCAAAGGGAAGAGAGUUGUGAAGCCGUCAAAGCAGAUGGAUAUUGUUGAUCAUCAGGCAUUAAUCUCUGAUCCUUACUUCAAUUUGAAGCAUCUCACCAAGAAUAACCAGAAACUUCUUGUUUGCCAGUCAUGGCCUGGUUGGGGUGAUAUGGAACGUACCAUCAAAUUUAGCUUCUAUUCUUCUCCUUUAUCGAAUGUACAACAACUCAAUUCAUGUCUUUCAAAGUAUGUACAAGAACUCGAUUGCCCUUCAACCUUCAAACCAAAUGAGGGCCAAUUAUUUUGUAGUUUCAAUGGGUUGGUUGUUCUCGGAUUUUAUAGUUAUAGUACAUUUGAUCAACAACUUUAUCUAUGGAACCCUUCCACAAGAGAGUCGACACUUCUUCCCCAUUCAGAAUUUACACAGAGGUGGACUAUGAUCGGAUUCGGAUGUGACGCGACAAGUGAUGGGUACAAGCUCCUUAAGUGGACCGUGCUUAAAGGAGGACACUCCAUUCAAGUUCUCUCGCUAAAAAGUGGUUCUUGGAGAAAUAUUUUGUACCGUCCAACUACCAUUGCCAUUUGCCCUGGGCGGGGAAGGAAACUUCCGAUUUUUCCUUACCUAAAUGACAAUUGGUAUACGGAUCCUAUGGUAUUUGUUCAUGGAGCAUUUCAUUGGCUUGGUAUGACAGUAGCAAGAACUUAUCAUUUGGUUUCAUUUAAUUCUUCAAAUGAGGUGUACGGAGAGAUACCUUUGCUAGAGCAAAUGCACAUAACUAAUGAAG